CAGCCCUUGCAAAAAAAAUAUUACACAUUUUCGUUUCAUUCUGAAGAACUUUGAAGAAAAAAGUUUUCAUUUUUAAUUAAAAUAUAUUAAAUUAAAUAGUUUAUUCUUCAUUUCAAUAAAAUAAAAAGCAUUCAAAGAAAUGUCAAUACACAUUUGUUGUACAUAAAUUUUACUAAAAAAAGACAACGAAAACUAUCAAACAAAAGAAUAUAAUUAAAAGAAAGAAUUAAAAUGAGUGUCGACCAAAUUGAAAACGUUGAAAAAAUUCCUCUUAAACGAGCUGAAGUUUCAAUACGCAAAUUCAACGACCUCGCAAUUCCACAUCAUCUCGGUCUGUUAAAAAAUCACAAAUCCAACAUCGAAAAAUGUCUCGCUUUGGGAGAUUGGACAAAAAUCAAAAAGGAAGAAAUCAAUGCGAUGCGGGUGAUUAAACAGCUGAAGAAUUUGAUGCUGGAAAUGGAUAUCUUAAGGGAGAAAGUGUGCGAUGAUGAUCGCGAAAAGUUUGACGAAAUGAUGUCAGUUGGAAAGAACAAAGCCAUGGAAGGCAUGAGGGAGUAUUUGGAUCUCCAACUAAAAAGUCCCACAAGCACAACAAAAUCCGACGACAACGAUGAGAAUUCUCCUCUACAAGAAGACAAUGAUAUGUUGCCACAAAUACAAGCUGAUUUCCAGCUACAAGAACAUCAACUAAUAGCUCGACAAGCUUGCCUUAAGGAAUUUGAAAAUUUACAAAGAGAAGUCCAAGACCUGCACAGUAUGUUCCAAGAUGUACGAGUUCUCGUACACGACCAAGCGGAAAGUGUGCAAGUAAUAGCGGACAAUGCCGAGGAAGCUCUAGAGAAUGUACAAAUGGGAGAAUCACAUCUCCAGCAAGCUCUAGCUUACAAAAAGGCCAUGUAUCCAGUUAUGGGAGCAUUGUUGGGUACCUGUGUUGGUGGACCGAUUGGUUUGUUGGCGGGUAUAAAAGCCGGAGGACUAGCUGCUGUGGGUUGUGGUAUUCUUGGAUUCACCGGGGGACAGGUUCUCAAUAAUAAUAGUGCCAUCGCUGGAGGUGAGUCAGAAGAGAAAAAAGAUGAAUGACCUCAGGAGGGUGCUGGCAGUGGAAGGCGGUGGCGCGUAUGUACGAUUCAGUGAUGGAAAUGGAAGAUGACGACGGCUUUGUUGUUGGGUUUUCUCUCUAAAUGUUGAAAUUAAUUUAUAAACUGUAGCUGCUUAUCACAAAACAUGUGCGCAUAGUUGGUUCGAGACUGAGACAAGCUGUCUCUUAGCUUAUUUAUCUCGUGAUCCUGUUUUUGUUAAUAAUUUGUUUCGAAAUUACGUUUUUUAAGUCAAUUUUUUAAAUUUACCGAAAACAUACAAAAAAAAAUAAAUAAAUGUAUUCUAUAUUUAAGACCAAA